CACAGAGGCCCUGAUUACACCGCCUGCGUCGUGUUCGAGGGCUUCGGUGGACAAGCACACGUUGGCGCCAACACGCGUUCCGAGGAGCAUCGAGAUGCCCACUGAGGGGAGGGGGAUCUGGCGGGCCACGUGGGCUCAAGGAGGCCAAAGGCGCGCAGGCCCCGCCAGGGGCCCCCCACGAGCCCGCAGCAAGGGUGCGCCGCCGGGAGCGCGUCCCCCGGAGCGCCGAUGCCCGCGGGCCUCGCGGGCGCGGCGGAGCACCUGGAGCUCUUCUGCAGGCCGCCCGCCCCGCGCGCAGGCCGCCUCGCCGACCACCUCUCCGCGCUGGGCACAGCUGGCACUGGCGACAGGGGCCGCGCCCGCAGCUCCUUCCUCGGCGGCAUCACUGGCUGCGGCGUCGUGGGCGGAGUCGCCUCUGGCGGCGGCGCGCGCGGCCGCGCGACCUGCUUCCAAGACGGCCACGAAGGCAUGGGCGACGGCGGAGCGGGCGGACACCAGCAGCCAGCAGCGCCCGCAGGGCCACCGGCGCCGCCGGACCCCUCCAGGCAGCCAGAGCCCACAGUUGCCCCCGAGGCCUUCAGUUCGCAGAUGGCAACAGACACCGUCGCUGGAGGCCCAGGCAGACCCUCAAUGGGCAACCUCGCGUUGAAGGACCACGUCUUCGCUGCGUUCAUCACCAGCAUCUCCGUCCUCGCAGUCGGCGUUGGCAUCGGUUGGGAGUUUAUCGCUGGCUAUUGCAAGGGUGCCCUGGCUGGCUCGGACAAAACGCCCGACAGUGCGCGCAGCUCCCGGCGAUCUGCUGGGCGGCCGAUAGGCAGGUCAGGAGCAAGUGAGGGCACCAGCGUGAGUUUCUAGCUUCUGGACCCGCGCAUGCCCACGCAUACGCACUCGCCCGCGAGCUUCAGCCUGGGCUCUCGCCAGGAGGCUAGCUGGCCACGCAGGAGUUCCUCCGUGGACGUUCGGAGCAUCUAGUCCUGCGCGCACGUGGGAGUUUCAGCGACUGUGACCGGCUGAGCGCGACCAUGGCUAAAA